GCCCAACUCAUCGACGAUCGCAACCUGCAAAAGACCAUGUAUUUCGCUUCCAGCGGCUAGUUUUCGUGCCUGAACCGACUCCCUCACGGACCUUACAUUUCGCCGGUCGAGUAACUUUCGCCCCCAGUUUCCGCUUACACCCUAUCACACCCAAUGGGCGACCGCUACAAAUCCCACCGCGACCGAAGCAGGUCCACGAGCUUACCGCGGCGGGGAGAUUCAGAGACCUUACGCAGGGACCGGAGGGACGACAAAAGUCGGGAUUGGGAUCGGGAUUGGGAUGAUGACCGGCGACGGGGGCGGGAUCGCUCGGUGGAGGAUGAUCGUGUGCGGAGGAGGCGGGAUGAUAGCCGGGAUCACAGGGGGAGUAGGAAUCGUAGUCCGGUGGUUAGUGAGGAUGGGGGUGGGAGGCGGCGACGAGGGGGUGAUGAGCGUGGACGGGGCAGCGACAGCGGUUCAGUUUCGUCUGAUUCCGAGCAUGACCGGUCUCGGAAGCGGAAGCGAACUAGCAAAGCCGAAAAGCGUGACGACCGCAGUGGGAGCCGAAGCGGCAGCAAAUCCAAAAGCAGUUCAAAAAAGCCCAAAAAGCAACGGGAAACCUCCGUCGAGAAGAAAAUCCGCAAAGCCGAGCGCAAACUCGAGAAACAGCAGCUGAAGGACGAGAUCCAGGCUCAGAAGGAGUCCCAGCUCGCUGCGCAGAUGUCUGCUUCGUUGGGUUACUCCAACACCGAGAACCCGUUCGGGGACAGUAACCUGUCGAAUAAGUUUUUAUGGCUGAAGAAACGCGAGAAGGAGAGUAAGAGCGGGUUAUCGGCUGCCGAGCGCGCCAGGCGGGACAUGUCACGCCGCGAAGAAGUUGAGGACGAGCUAUCCAAACUGAAACGCAGACGUAACGAGCGCGAGAUCGAGAUGCAGUUGAGAGAGGAGGAGCAGGCGCGGCUGCAGCGGGAGCAGGACCGACUGGCGUUGGGGGAUUGGGAGGCGAAAGAGAAUGAGUUUCAUUUGGGUCAGGCGAAGACAAGGGCGCAGAUCAGGAUCAAGGAGGGGCGGGCUAAGCCGAUUGAUAUCCUCGCUAUGAAUCUCAGUUUGGCGAGCGACACGAAACUGGCGGAGGAGUUUGACGCCCUGGGGUUGGAAAUGGGCGUUGAGGAGCCCUACCUCAUCUUCCGUAACCUCUCCCUCCCAGAAGUCGAGGAGCUGCAUAAGGAUAUUCAGCUGUACCUCUCCCUGGAAACCGACCACACCAACAAACGCUUCUGGGAGGCUAUGAUCGUCGUCUGCGACGACGAGCUCAGCCGACACCGCGAAGAUCUCUCCUCCGGCGGGCGCUCUUCAGGCGUCAGCAAAGCCGUAACGCAGGACAUCGAGCGGAUGUUCUCCAACAAAACCUACGACCAGCUCAGCAUCCUCCAAACGCAGAUUGAGAAAAAGUUGGCUGCCGCGGGGGCCGCUGCUGCUGCUCUCACCGGCGCAUCGUCUAUGAGUGAACCCGCACCGCCUGUUGACGUGGACUACUGGGAAGCAGCGAUCAAAGCCCUAGUAGUCUGGAAAGCCAAAGCGAAACUCCGCGACAUGCAUUCCUUCCUCCUCAGCAAACGUCUCGACCGACUCCGUGAGCAGCGCGCGCUCAAUCAGGACUCUGGCGCUUCACAACAACCGCGGAUCCUUGUGCAGCAUGUGCGCAGUGGGCGGGCGGAUGUGGAGGAGGAUGAGAUGGAUGUGGACGUGGGCGGUAGGGAGGAGGAGGAGGAGAGUGAUGGGGAGGUGGAAGAAUAUGAGGAGAGUAUGGGGCCCGUGGUGUGUGGGAGGAUACCCAAGGCGGAUGCCGGGUUUGAGGUUGUGGAUGAGGAGGAGGAUUUGAGGCAGUUGAUUGCACUCCGAGAAAAAGUCACAAAAGCCCUCGGUGGCCCGCCCGCCCACCAAGCCCUCGCCCUUGUCGGCGCCAACCAAUCCAUGGAAGACGUUGCCGAGAAGGCCUUCAUCCGCGACGCGGCCGAGAACAUGGGCAUGGACGAGGCCGCGUUCAACGAGGAGGCUGUUGUCAUUUCCGCGUCGCAGGAUACGUACCUGUGGCAGGAUAAGUACCGUCCACGUAAACCGCGCUACUUUAACCGUGUGCAUACAGGAUACGAGUGGAAUAAGUAUAACCAGACGCAUUAUGAUGGCGAUAACCCUCCUCCCAAGGUCGUCCAAGGCUACAAAUUCAACAUCUUCUACCCGGACCUAAUCGACAAAUCCAUCGCCCCAACCUACGUCCGCGAAAAAGACCCCACCUCAACCUCCACGGCGGUAGACCCAACCGACCCAACCAACAGCAAAGCGCAAGACGACACCAUCAUCCUGCGGUUCAAAGCCGGGCCGCCGUACGAGGAUAUCGCGUUCAAGAUUGUGAAUCGGGAGUGGGAGUAUAGCCAUAAGAAGGGGUUUAGGAGCAGUUUUGAUCGGGGCGUGUUGCAGCUUUGGUUCCAUUUUAAGAGGCAUUAUUAUCGGCGGUAGGGGGGGACUGGGUUGGUGUGUGUGGAAGGGUUCGUUUGUUGUCGGGGCUGGAAAUUUUUGUGUAUACUGUACAUUUCACAUGAACGUGAUGCCUUCAAC